AUUCGACGCAACCAAACAGUCCUUAACCGAUAAGGCCAACGCCACGUCACUUCCCAUCUCCUAACUGUUGAGUUUCCAUAUAAAUCACUCAACUUAACUGCUCCUUAAACACAUGAUUGUUGUUUGUACUAAGCUGUCUGUAUCUAUAGUUUCCAGUUGUAAGUAUUGAGGAGAUGAGAACUGAAGGUGAAAGUCGUGAUGAUCACGUUGUUGUUUCGGACCGCUUGAUUUUCGCGUACUAUGUUACUGGUCACGGCUUUGGUCACGCUACUCGUGUUACCGAGGUUGUUAGACAUCUCAUACUUGCUGGACAUGUUGUUCAUGUGGUCACUGGUGCACCUGACUUUGUCUUUACAACUGAGAUACAAUCUCCUCGACUCAUCCUACGGAAGGUACUGCUAGAUUGUGGAGCUGUUCAAGCAGAUGCUUUGACAGUGGAUCGUCUCGCUUCCUUGGAGAAGUAUUCAGAGACUGCUGUAGCACCUCGUGAUUCUAUUUUGGAAACAGAAGUACAGUGGCUGCACUCUAUCAAGGCAGACUUAGUGGUUUCAGAUGUUGUUCCAGUUGCCUGCCGUGCUGCAGCUGAUGCUGGUAUACGGUCUGUUUGUGUUACAAACUUCAGUUGGGAUUUUAUCUACGCGGAGUAUGUGAUGGCUGCAGGAUAUCAUCACCGAUCGAUUGUUUGGCAGAUAGCAGAGGAUUAUUCUCACUGUGAAUUUCUUAUCCGUCUUCCAGGCUACUGUCCAAUGCCUGCUUUCCGUGAUGUUAUUGAUGUUCCUUUGGUUGUCAGAAGGUUACACAAACCCCGAAAGGAGGUGAGGAAGGAACUUGGAAUUGCAGAAGAUGUGAAGCUUGUUAUCCUCAACUUUGGUGGACAACCAGCAGGUUGGAAACUGAAAGAGGAAAGCUUGCCCUCAGGAUGGCUUUGCCUGGUCUGCGGUUCGUUAGAAGACCAGGUUCUUCCUCCAAAUUUCAUUAAGCUUGCAAAAGAUGUGUAUACGCCUGAUCUCAUUGCAGCAUCUGAUUGUAUGCUUGGAAAGAUUGGAUAUGGUACGGUCAGUGAAGCCCUAGCGUACAAGUUACCUUUUGUCUUUGUCCGUAGAGAUUAUUUCAAUGAGGAGCCAUUCCUAAGAAAUAUGCUCGAGUAUUUCCAAGGUGGGGUUGAGAUGAUUAGGAGGGAUCUGCUAACUGGACAAUGGAGACCUUACCUCGAACGUGCAGUUACUUUGAAACCUUGCUAUGAGGGAGGUUGUAAUGGUGGUGAGGUCGCAGCUCGUAUCUUGCAGGACACAGCUAUUGGGAAGAACUAUGCAUCUGAUAAGUUGAGUGGGGCUAGGAGAUUACGGGAUGCUAUCGUUCUUGGCUAUCAAUUACAAAGAGUCCCUGGAAGAGAUAUUUCAAUUCCAGAGUGGUAUGCUAAUGCUGAAAGUGAAUUUGGUCUUCGUACUGGAACACAAAAUGCUGAAACAAAUCAGUCAAGUGUAUUCGAGAACUCAUACAUUCAGGACUUUGAUAUUCUUCAUGGAGAUCUUUUGGGUCUUUCUGAUACGAUGAGUUUCUUAAAGAGUUUGGCGGAAUUAAAUACUUUAUCAGAUUCUGGAAAGAAUGCUGAAAAGCGACAGAUGCGAGAGCGCAUGGCUGCUGCUAAUCUUUUCAAUUGGCAGGAAGACAUCAUUGUGGCAAGAGCUCCUGGAAGGUUGGAUGUAGUUGGUGGAAUCGCAGACUACUCAGGGAGCCUUGUCUUGCAGAUGCCUAUUAGAGAAGCCUGCCAUGUUGCUGUCCAAAUGAUUCAUCCAAGUAAACAGAGGCUCUGGAAGCAUGCCCAAGCUCGACGUCAAGGAUCGACGCCAGUGCUACAGAUAGUAUCAUAUGGCUCUGAACUAAGUAAUCGUGGUCCAACCUUUGACAUGGACAUCUCAGAUUUUAUGGAUGGCGAGGAGCCAAUGGCAUAUGAAAAGGCUAAAGUUUACUUUGCUCAAGAUCCAUCGCAAAAAUGGGCUGCAUAUGUUGCGGGAACUAUUUUGGUUUUGAUGAAAGAGCUGGGUGUACGCUUUGAGAAUAGCAUCAGUAUGCUGGUUUCUUCUGCUGUCCCAGAAGGCAAAGGUGUUUCUUCUUCUGCUUCAGUAGAGGUUGCUAGCAUGUCUGCCAUAGCUGCUGCUCAUGGCAUCGACAUCAGCCCAAGGGACCUUGCUUUGCUCUGCCAAAAGGUAGAGAACCAUGUUGUUGGAGCUCCAUGUGGCGUGAUGGAUCAGAUGACUUCAGCGUGUGGUGAAGCCAACAAACUGCUUGCUAUGGUUUGUCAGCCAGCUGAAGUACUUGGGCUUGUAGAUAUUCCUAGUCAUAUAAAAUUUUGGGGAAUUGAUUCAGGAUUGCGGCACAGCGUUGGUGGUGCAGACUAUGGUUCUGUCAGAAUUGGAGCUUUUAUGGGUCGAGAAAUAAUCAAAUCUACUGCAUCUGCCAAGUUAUGUAAAUUUCUAUCUAUUGCAAACGGGACACAUACAGAUGAACUGGAAGAAGACAGCCUUGAACCACUUGAAGCUGAAAAAUCACUAGAUUACUUGUGCAACCUGUCACCUCACAGAUAUGAAGCUCUAUACGCUAAGAUUCUUCCUCAGUCUAUGCUUGGCGACACAUUUCUGGAAAAAUAUACAGACCACAAUGAUCCUGUGACAAUCAUUGAUAGGAAGCGUAAUUAUGGAGUUAAAGCUGCUGCUAAACAUCCUAUAUAUGAAAAUUUCCGUGUGAAGGCAUUCAAAGCACUACUAACAUCUGCUGCAUCAGACGACCAACUUACGGCACUUGGAGAACUGAUGUAUCAGUGCCACUAUAGUUAUAGUGCUUGUGGACUUGGCUCGGAUGGCACAGAUAAGCUGGUUCAACUGGUGCAAGAAACUGAGCACAGUAAACCAUCUAAAUCUGGUGAUGGGACUCUGUAUGGGGCAAAAAUUACAGGGGGUGGAUCUGGAGGAACAAUUAGCGUCGUUGGUAGGAACUGUCUACGAAGCAGCCAACAGAUAUUUCAGAUUCAGCAGCGAUACAAGGCUGCCACUGGGUAUCUCCCAGUUGUUUUUGAAGGUUCAUCACCGGGUGCAGGAAAGUUUGGACACUUAAGAAUUCGUCGUCGCCUCUCGCACAAACAGUAAUAUACAAACAAAAGAUACGAAAUUAAGAAUAUACACGUUCUUAGUGGUUAAUAAUCUGUCACGUCUGAGCUCACCAUUGUUCCACUAUCCGCACAAAGCAAGACAGUAUCAUCGUCUCUGGACUUGGACCAAAGAAUCUUGUGUAGUAUAUAUAGGUGGGUGAGGAUUGUGAUUUUAUAUAGCUUUUAUAUUGCAAGUGGAAUUUCGAUGAGAACUUGCAGAUGUAUACAUGUGUUUCUUAAACAAUGUUAGAGCUCGGUGUAUUGUGUUUGAAUGCACCGUAGCUCACUCCGAGAUUUAUCAGAACAGAUUACUAGUUAUAAAAGUUAGUUGACUUCAUGCUA